AUGGAAGUUGUUAUGAUCAUUGAUGUUCUUCGAAGGGCAAAAGCGGAAGUUGUGGUGGUAUCAGUUGGUGAUAAUCUUGAAAUUGUGGCUUCACGUAAAGUAAAACUGGUUGCAGACACGCUUCUUGAUGAAGCUGCUAAACUUUCAUAUGACCUAAUUGUGUUGCCAGGAAAGAAAGCAACUGCUUUCCCAACAAUGUGUGAGAAACUGUCGGACAAAAGUGAAGUGGAAAGUAGAGUGGUGGUUGAUGGUAAAGUUGUAACGCGCAGAGGGCCAAGGACAUCUUUGGAAUUUUCAUUGGCGAUUGUGGAGAAAUUAUUGGGUCAUGGGAAAGCUUUGGAAAUUGGUAAGGCAAUGUUGGUCGUGUAA